AUGGUUAUCGCGCUUGAAGAGACCUUGGCCGUGACAUUACCUAACCUGAACUCGACUAUGGGCGCUUUGUUGGUGGGAAGCUUCCUUGCGACUUUACUCUACGGAAUAACAUCGCAUCAGUUCUUCCGGUACUUCCGCAUGUAUCCGCGAGACGAAGUUUCUCUGAAGGCCAUGGUUGGAGGACUUUGGUCGUUACAGGUAGCAGUCACUAUAACAUCACAGGCAGUCAUUACUCUCAUAACCCACUGCUUCUUUGCUCAGCGUAUAUAUCACUUGAAUGGAGGAAAUUGGAUUUUCCCUUCGAUCUUGGUUUUGCCGUCGGUUCUCGCGUUUUCUGGAGCUAGCAACGUCACUAUCGCUCUUGGUAGUGCCGCAAUCUCGGAUACAAUACUCUCAGUCGCAUUGUGCUAUUACCUGCGAAACCAAAAGAACAAUUUCUUUAUACUUCCCUUUUCCGUCGAUAAAGCAACAGUUUGUCUGAUAAAUACAGGUGUCCUCACAAGCAUUCUGAUAGUUGCAGACGUGAUUUGUGCGGCCAGUAUGCCUCACAACUUGAUAUAUCUCGGGCUGUACUUUGUAGUCAGCAAACUCUCAACGCCAGACGAAGUGGAAUUGAAGCUUGCGAAGCUGGAUGCUUUGAUCUUGCAAAGCAGCUUGGCAGAAAAUGAGCCUGCGAUCGAACAUGAUACCGAACUUCAAGACCAUCAUCCCGCCCAUCUCACAUAG